AUGUCAUCUGAUUACCGCUGUCCCUUCGACAACUUGUUGAUUUUGGAUUUCGAAGCGACGUGUGAGAAGGAUAACCAUGACUACCCUUCGGAAAUCAUUCAAUUCAGCGUCGCUGUGCUGAAUACAAGAGAAAAAAUUAUCAGAGAGGAUGUGUCAUUCAACAAGUACGUAAAACCAAUUAUCAAUCCAAAGCUGACUGACUUUUGCGCCGAGUUGACAGGUAUCGAUCAGGAUACCAUCGACAAGGCCGAUACAUUCCCAGAGGUCUACGACCAGUUCACUGCAUGGCUCGAAGAGCACAACUUCCAAGAGAAACGCUACGCUUUUGUUUGUGAGAGUCGUCAGGACGUGUGGCGACGCGCCCAUUAUCAAUUCCUCCUAAACAAGCAGCCACUUCCCGCCAUUUUUCGCCAAUGGGUGAAUCUUAGUUUUCACUAUAGAGAAGAUAUGCGUUUAGCACAAAGACAGGACACUGUUCAUCAGAGUUUCAUCGAGAAGAUGUCUGCUUUCUACGACAUUCCAUUUGUUGGACAAGCUCACAACGCCAUGAGCGAGUGUUCCUUCCUUGCAAAAGUCACCAAGCAUAUUCUUGAUAAUGGGAAGUUGGUUACUAUCAAUGAGUCAUUGAAGUGCAUCGCUGGCUUUCGCCGUGUGCCAUUCAAUGUCGAUCCACAAUGGAAGACCAGUUUUGAUUCGUCGUGUAAGGUGUUUGAGGCUAUUUUUCCACUUGUUUCAACCCCCACUAAAAGAUACUAUAUCGUGGAUAACUACGGAAAGUGCCUCUACUGCUUCAACGCCGAUUGCACCGGAUUAGAGCACAAACAGUAUCCAGACUACGUGUAUGAGCAGCUCAAGGAGCCGAGUGUUGUCGCCAUCACCGCAGGACUCAUGAAAGAGUAA